AUGACCGAGUACGCACCCGCCUCUGGUCAAGAUCGAAAUGGCUUCUACUCAAAUCCGCAUCUGGUCACGCCGCACUAUGCGAAUGGCAAUGGUGUGAACUAUUUCUAUCCACAGGGUCAGAUUCAGGGCCCCGCAGUUGGUGGUUCGUACUCGGCAUACGCUCCGAUGUACAUGUCGAGCGGACUAGCAACUUCGAGCCCUCCGAUGUACAUGUCCAACGGUCAAUCUUUGGCCAUGCCCUACUCUCUCGCACCGCCGGCCAGACCAUAUCAAGCUCCAGCACGCACACUUUCAUAUCCUCCUUACCAUGGCGGGACCGUUCCCACCCACAGAUCUGCUGGCCACCCAAUACGAAGCGCGUAUGUGGCAGACCUAAGCUUGACUCAUCCGAAUGACAUUGAGAGCCAAGAGUCAGUCAAUGAAGCUACUAUGCUGUCCGAGCCCGUGGUACCUGCUCUGGAGGGCUAUCCUGUGGUGAAGGAGUUCGACGAAGUGUUGAACGAAUACGUGCGGGGUCUUUCGCCCAAAAAACAGGACAAAGCGUUGAUCGGAGCUCGUCGAGCCAGGAAUAUCCGGACAGUUUUGAUGGACAAGAAGACGACCACGGUCGAGUCGGCGCAGUUUCGAUUUUGGGUCAAGAAGAUGUUUUCCCUCAAACAAAUCGGAAGUGGUGGACCAGUCUGCAUACCCCCUUCUUUGUCCGGAUGUUUGUUGACAAGCACACAGAAGAGCAUUUGCCAUGAUCAAAAACCGGUUGCUGUCCGCGAAAAACUAUUCAAGAUCCUCACCCAUGCUCACAAGUCCUGCCAACAUGGCGGAAGAGACAAGACCUCUGCUAAGGUUCGCAGGAUCUACUCAUGGGUGCCCAAGGAGCUCAUCUCUCGCUUCGUCAAGAUGUGUCCAACCUGCAGGAUUCGGCGUCCAUCCAACCGCGAGCCGCACUCACCAGUGCACGAGAAGACUCCUCAUUCGGAUGAUGGGCGCCAUGGUGCUUCAGUCUCCCGUCGAGACUCAAUGGUCAUUGACAAAGAAGAAGCGACUAGCCCACACUCGUCUUUGCCGAUGCAAGGCUUCAGCACCACUUUUGCCCAGCAGAAUCGCUGGAUGAGCGACCUUCCCAGCCUGAAGACAAAGUCAGAAUACUAUGAUUCGAUGAGUCCCAACACAUAUGUCUCGCAUGAGAGCUCGACAGGGUUGUCUCCUAGCUACACAAAUCGGCUCAGCGAGCAGAUGAACUCAAUGAGCUUCCCUUCCAGCAGCACGAUGCCGCCUUCUGGAUUUCCUUCUGGUAAUGUACGAUCAACUGGCAACUGGCAGACGGUCAAUUCAGUGUGCAGUCCGGCGUAUUCAAUGAAGCGUGAGCAUAGAGACCGGGUGAAGCGGGAGCGACCCUACUGA